AUGCCAAAGGAACCAGCUAUCACAAAACAGGCCAUAAAUUGUAGAUGCAAAAAUUUAUCCGAUAUCUUAACUGAAAAAGAGAGUACAAUCGCUCAGAAAGAUCAUACAAUUGCUCAAAAAGACAAUAUAAUUGAACAGAAAGACAAUAUAAUUGCUGAGAAAAACGAUAAAAUUGCUGAGCAAAAAAAGACGAUUGACUACGAUUAUAAACACUUCGUCAGCCCACCAACGCAAAGUGAUCUUCGUCCACAUGGAUUUCAUUAUCGAGAGGGGAAUAUAACCGGCAAUGAUAAUAACCAACCAACGCCAAAUGAUGUUCGUUCCUAUGAACAUCAUUAUUCAGAGGGUUCGACGAAUAUAAUCCCUCCAUACACUGCGGAUCUUGGACUUGUUCACAGUAGCAGCAGCAAUAACUUAAAUAAUAACCAACCAACGCCAAAUGAUCAUCCAAAUAAAUACAUUCAUUCAGUGCUGCCGAAGAUAAUGAAUAAUUUUGAACCUAUUCGCAGCAGCAAUAUAAUCGGUAAUGAAAUUCGUACACCACAAACCGUUACCCUUACAGACUUAGAAAUUGUUCACAGUGAUAACAACAACUAG